CAAUAGAGGCUCAUGGAUAUGGCCCUGUAGCCACACACACUCGCCUGUUUGUUUUAUAUAUCCCUCAUAGAAACAGGCCCUUUGCGCUGCUGGAUUUUCCUUUUAAGGGCCAUUUCACCUUCCGAUCCCUAUUUUCUCCCUCUAGAUCUAAGACAGCACUCCUCCUGCUGCUGAAUUUCUUCCAAAGACUCACUGAAUUCUGUGGUUCUCUCUGCACAAGCCUUCUGUACCUCACUGUGCCACUUUGCUUAUUCCUCUGUGGCUCACCAUCAACUCACUCAUACAUUCCCACACCACUUUCGUCACCUUUUUGCCUCAGGCCACCGUCCGUCGAAGGCGCCCUUUUUUUCGCCUGUCUUCUCGCCCGUGGCCUUUCCUGCUCCUCUUUCCCCUUCUCUACUCAAGAGUAUUCUAUUCCAUCCACAUCUUUCAAGCAGCUUUGGCUUUCUGAAGGCGUUCGCGUCGCCCUCAUCCUUACGGAGGCGACGUUGUCUCUCUCUUCCUGCAGCAAAACCAGUUUCUCUUAGACGCAUAUGACUCCCGCUUCUGUUUCACCUGCAUCUACCGCUGCCACCUCUGCUUCUUCAACACCUCAGCUUCGCCCUCAUGCCAGAAAUGGAGAGCACCAGGUAACACAGGCCCUGCCGGGCAUGACUUUGUCCACCCCUGCAAAUGGGGAUGCGCUCCCCAAACAACCUCCACCGGCCAAGGUGGCCAAACCAACCAUGGCAGGCCGCAUCUCGCGUAUGUUUACCAACCCUAGCAAAGCCGGGGUGAAAGACGCCGAAUCCCGUCGAGACUUCUCCGACAGCAGCUCGGACGGUGCAAGGACUUCCUCUGCAAAUGGCAGCGUGAAGCAAACCAAGCACUCUCCUCCUCCUUCCAAAGCGCCUUCCCGGCAGACGUCCACCAAGGGGGACCCGGACAAGAAAUCCAAAAGCAAAGACCAGAAAGAUGGGGCUGCUGUACAUAAGCGCUUCGAGAUUCUAUCAGAUGGCUCUCACUGCCACCACCUCAGGAGCGCGAAACGACAGGAGAAACUCACCGACCUCCUCCGCGACAUGCUUGUGGGCGGAAGGAAGAAAGAAGAAGCUGUUGACGAUCAGCAGCAGCAGCUGUCUCUCAUGUCGACCUGGAUCGACCAGUUCAAGAAUGAGCGUGACAAACUCGCCAUAGAAAAGAAGGGGGGUCCGAAUGCAACCGCCUCACUCGUCGAGAAAUACGGCAAAUGCCAGGAAGUUGUCGGUCGCGGUGCCUUUGGCAUCGUUCGAAUCUCUCAUAAAGUGGACCCGAAGGAUUCCAGGAUAGAACAAUUGUAUGCUGUCAAGGAGUUUCGCCGUCGCCCUCAAGAAACCACCAAGAAAUACCAGAAACGGUUGACUUCGGAAUUCUGCAUCUCAUCCUCCCUCCGUCACCCGAACGUGAUCCAUACCCUCGACUUAUUACAAGAUGCCAAAGGCGAUUAUUGUGAGGUUAUGGAGUAUUGCGCAGGUGGCGAUCUUUACACACUCAUCCUCGCUGCGGGAAAGCUCGAGGUCGCUGAAGCAGACUGCCUGUUUAAACAGCUAAUGCGUGGCGUGGAGUACAUGCACGAAAUGGGCGUUGCCCACCGUGACCUUAAGCCAGAAAACCUCCUGUUAACUACACGCGGCGCACUCAAGAUUACCGACUUUGGUAACGGAGAAUGCUUCCGGAUGGCCUGGGAGGAUGAAGCACACAUGACAGCAGGUCUCUGCGGUUCUGCUCCAUACAUCUCUCCUGAGGAAUAUACAGACAAGGAGUUCGAUCCUCGAGCCGUUGAUGUCUGGGCGACUGGUGUAAUCUAUAUGGCCAUGAGAACAGGAAGACAUCUAUGGAGGGUCGCACGUAAGGACGAAGAUGAAUUCUACGAACGCUACUUGCAAGGCCGCAAGCACGAGGAUGGCUAUGCGCCCAUUGAGACUUUACAUAGGGCCCGUUGCCGCAACGUGAUCUACUCUAUUCUCGAUCCCAAUCCUUCUCGUCGCAUAAACGCCUCGCAGGUCCUCAAAUCCGAAUGGGUCCGCGAGAUCAAGUUAUGCAAGGCCGGAGAGGAGGGCUUCUAAGGAAAUACGGCUUUCCUCAUAAAACAGAAAGCCCUUGACUACUGGAGCUGGUAUCGUGGGGCGCAUGGUCUCAGCUACAAUGAAUGUUGGCCCAAACUGUGUCCCAUGUGGUUAGCCGCUCUAUUUGCUCAUGUGUUCUACCUACUUGUUACGACUGGGAAUGGCUUUACGCUCUGAAUCCAUUCAAAGAAUCUAAAUAUUAAUGCUCAUAGAUGUUUCAUCUGCUUCUAGACAGGCGUGCCUGUUCUGGGCGAUUUCUCUUCUAUUUCCUUUCUUUUUAAGCAGCAUGGAUUUUAGUCUGCUAUACUCAUUCUUUCACUCUCUUCACUUAUUAAGUGCAACGCAGAAUCAUGACCUGAUCUGACGUCCUCUUUUUUUUGCCUCUCUUGGGUUCUUUCCCAUCGCCCUUCUCCCUCCUGGCACUUGGAGUUGUUGCCUUCGAAUUUACGUCAUUUAUCACUGCUCUACUUUUGGGUUUUUAUAUUCACGGUCAUCUAGGCGCUUAUGGCAGGGUUAUAUUUCCUGAAUCAUUUCUGGAUUCACUGGUUCUCGCACGUUACUGCUUAAUGGUUUUCAAUGAGUCUUGCCUGGGAUAGGUUGGUAUUUUCUCCUUUGCUUUCUGUUUUUAUAUGUGUUCUUUCGUCUUGGCGAGUUUUGCGCUCUUUUGACCUGGAGCACUUGGCAUGCGUACCUGUCGGAGAUACCCCCCUGACUUCCCUUGCCUGUCACGUCUCUUUUCACGGUGUUCUGCAAAUCAUUUUGCAAUUCCUUUUAUUUUCUUUUUAUUCUGGUGAAAUCUUCGCUUAUGAUCCGUUGAUUAUCAGUCGGCUGCAUACAGGACCUUUGUUGACACGACGCUUUCUGCAGCUUUCGGUAUGUGAAGGAGGCAAUGCGUAUGCAUAUGGAGACGAGUCCUUGGGUUUGGGGAAGGCGUUCUCGUGCUAUGGAACCGUUUAUGUGGCGUGGCAAGGUUUCUUUGGCCUAUAUUUCCUCUUGGCAAUGUUUCUCUAAGCGUUGGCAGUGCAAGGUUCGCGGCAUUAAAAAGGACUAUCACUUCCACGAAGCCGUUUGGAUUACGCUAGAUAACAGUGGUACCUUCUAAUGCAAUGUUACUGGAUUUGAUUCGAAUAUGAGUCUUCAUUAUUAGACAUGCGGAGUAAUAAUACUAUUAUUCUUUCAAAUGCCAAGGACAUACUCCAUAUU